AUGCCGUCCUGGAAGCUCACGAUGCCCCCGCUGGCCGGGCUCUUUACCGCCCUCCUGUCCUCGCAGUCGGUUCUUGCCCACCCCCAGCCGCGCUACGAGUCGACAGAGCCGCGCCUGGGUGCUGUGGCUUCCGAGUCCUCGGAAUGCAGCUCCAUCGGCACCGACCUGCUCAAGGCCGGCGGCACUGCUGCCGAUGCUCUCGUUGGCUCCGUCCUGUGCGUCGGUGUCAUCGGCAUGUAUCAUUCAGGAAUCGGCGGCGGCGGCUUCAUGACGGUGCGCAGCUCGAACGGCUCCUACGAGUUCAUCGACUUCCGGGAGACUGCGCCGGCUGCUGCUUUUGAGGACAUGUACACCAACGACACCGACCUCUCUAUCUACGGCGGUCUGGCAAGUGGUGUUCCUGGCGAGCUUCGUGGUCUCGAGUACCUCCACAAGCACUACGGCAAGCUUCCGUGGAAGAAUCUGGUCAUGCCCGCCGUCGAGGUCGCGAGGAACGGAUUCCGCGUCACCGAGGAUCUUGUCAAGUACAUGGAUUCGGCAACCGCGGGCCAGGACGACUUCCUUGUCAACAACCCGACGUGGGCCAUUGACUUUGCUCCUCAUGGCUACCGUGUCAAGCUCAACGAAACCAUUACGCGCAAGCGCUAUGCGGAUACGCUGGAGGUCAUCGCCAACGAGGGUCCGGAUGCUUUCUACACUGGCGCGAUCGCCAGCGCCACCAUUGCUGCUCUGCAGGCGGCGAACGGUACCAUGACCCUGGACGAUCUCAAAAACUACACUGCUAGGAUUCGGGACCCAGUCUCCAUCAAUUACAGAGGCUACAAAUUGACCUCUGGUGGUGCGCCGUCCGGUGGCGUUGUUGCUCUUAGUGCGCUGAAGAUCGUCGAGGGUUACACGGAUUUCGGCGACCCUGCAAACAUCAACCUUACGACCCAUAGGUUGGAUGAGGCAAUUAGAUUUGCUUAUGGCGAGAGGACGGCGCUCGGUGACCCAGACUUUGUCGAUGGCAUGUAUGAGUACAUGGAUCAGAUGCUGAGCAAGAACACCACUUCUUUGAUCCGUAAUAAGAUCUCCGACUUCCACACGCAGAAUUUGUCGGCCUAUGACCCUGCUGGAAUCGAGAGCCUGGAGACUCCCGGCACUUCUCACAUCGUCACAGCUGACAAGUCUGGAAUGGCCAUUUCCCUAACGACGACCAUCAACUUGCUCUUCGGCUCUCAGCUCAUGGUUCCUGAGACGGGUGUCAUUAUGAAUGAUGAAAUGAACGACUUCUCCAUCCCCGGCGCGUCGAACGCCUUCGGCUACAUUCCCAGCCCAGCCAACUACGUCCGUCCUGGCAAGCGGCCUCUGUCCUCCAUUGCCCCCGUCAUCGUCGAAUAUCCCAAUGGCACUCUCUACAUUUCUGUCGGCGCAGCUGGCGGGUCUCGCAUCAUCACCUCCACCAUUCAGAACAUCCAUCACAUGUUGGAUGAAGGCAUGACUGCACCUGAGGCACUUGCCGAGCCCAGACUUCACGACCAGCUCGUUCCGUACUAUGUCAGCUUCGAGUAUACUUACGACAACUCAACCGUUGAAUUUAUGAAGGAGCGCGGCCAUAAUGUCACUUGGGUCGCCCCGGGACAGAGCACUGCUCAAGCUCUAAGGCUUCUGGGCAACGGUACUUUCGAGGCUGCCGGCGAGCCUAGGCAGAAGAAUUCUGGUGGUUUUGCUGUAUAG